UCUAAUCAGCUCUGAUACCGCAGAGCCACUGAGCAGCGCUUAGAGAUAAGGCUUUCUUCUGCAGGGAGAAAAGGAUUUGAAAAGCUACCCGCCGCAAUGGGGGACAGAAGCCCCUUCGCAACGGACAUGCUCACCCUGACCCGCUACGUUAUGGAAAAGGGGCGUCAGGCCAAAGGCACCGGGGAGCUCACACAGCUGCUCAACUCCAUGCUGACGGCCAUCAAAGCCAUCUCCUCGGCCGUGCGCAAGGCCGGCCUAGCCCAUCUGUAUGGAAUCGCGGGAAGCGUGAACGUGACAGGGGAUGAGGUGAAGAAACUGGACGUGUUAUCCAAUUCUCUGGUGAUCAACAUGCUCCAGUCCUCCUACAGCACCUGCGUCCUGGUCUCGGAAGAGAAUAAAGACGCGCUUAUCACCGCCCAGGAGAAGAGGGGGAAAUACGUGGUCUGCUUUGACCCACUGGAUGGAUCUUCGAACAUCGACUGCCUGGCCUCCAUUGGAACCAUAUUUGCCAUCUACAGAAAGACCUCAGAGGAUGAGCCUUCUGAAAAGGAUGCCCUGCAGCCGGGCCGCAACAUUGUAGCCGCGGGCUAUGCACUCUAUGGAAGUGCAACACUGGUGGCUCUUUCCACGGGGCAAGGAGUGGACCUCUUCAUGCUUGACCCAGCUCUUGGUGAAUUUGUCCUGGUGGAAAAAGAUGUCAAGAUUAAAAACAAAGGAAAGAUUUACAGCCUCAAUGAGGGCUAUGCCAAGUAUUUUGAUGCUGCCACCACAGAAUAUGUGCAGAAAAAGAAAUUUCCUGAGGAUGGCAGUGCUCCCUAUGGGGCCAGGUACGUGGGCUCCAUGGUGGCUGACGUGCACCGCACCCUGGUCUAUGGAGGGAUCUUCCUGUACCCAGCGAACCAGAAAAAUCCGAAGGGCAAGCUCCGGCUCUUGUAUGAGUGCAAUCCUGUGGCCUACAUCAUCGAGCAGGCAGGAGGCAUGGCGACCACAGGCACCCAGCCUGUGCUGGACGUGAAGCCUGAGGCCAUUCACCAACGAGUCCCCCUCAUUCUAGGGUCCCCGGAUGAUGUGCAGGAAUAUCUCACCUGUGUACAGAAAAACCAGGCAGGCAGGUGGUGAGUCUGACCCCUCAAGCCCUCUUCUCUUUGUGUUGUACCUUGUUAAGGACCCUAGAUGAAUGAUAGGUGAGUGAAUGCUGGUGAUGAGAAACAAAAGGCAAAUCCACCAAAUCACAUCCAGAAGAGCAGUGGCCAAGUGCUCACGACAAGUCUAGAAGCCAGAGGCGAGUCUGUGGUCAGUGUAAAGGGCUAAAAAUAAAACCCACAUGUGAAAAGAACAA